AUGGUCUACUUGGGUCUCCGAGGCAGAAUACUCAGUCUGGUCGUUAGUCUAGUCGCUGCAACGGGAUUCGCGUUGCAGGGCUACGACCAGGCCGUGAUGAAUGGGCUCGUGACUCUGCCAACAUUCCUGCGUGUUUUUCCGGAGAUGAAGAAGUCGCAGAUUGAGGGAACUACGGUCGCAAUCUACGAAGUUGGGUGUGCCUUCGGUGCGCUCUCCUGCGCGUUUAUUGGGGACUACUUGGGACGUCGCCGAACCAUCUUCGUUGCGGGAUGCGCUGUCAUUGUGGGGGUCAUUUUGCAGGCCACCCCUUUCAGUCUUGCUCAGCUGAUUGUCGCCAGAAUUGUCACCGGCCUUGGUGUGGGUGCAUUGACAGCGACGAUUCCCAUGUGGGUGUCAGAGUGCUCAAACGCCCGCGAUCGUGGUCGGCGGGUGUUAUUGCAGGGAUUCUUUGCCAUCGGAGGCCUCACAGCGGCAUCGUGGAUCGAGUUUGGCCUCUACUUCGUCAAGAACAACGAAGUUAAUUUUCGAUUCCCGAUCGCAUUCCAGGGUGUCUUCGCUCUGACCGUCACCUCUCUGGUCUUGUUCCUGCCGGAGUCUCCUCGAUGGCUGAUCAAGCGCGAUGAGAUAGAAAAAGCCCGGUCAGUAAUGAGUGCUUUAGAAGAUACGGCCGAUGACUCGGAGGCUGUGAUACAGGAGCUAGAAAUCAUCCGAGAUACAUUCCAGGAAGAGAAGCAGCACUCCAGUUCUUUGUUCACGAUGGGUCCGGAACGUCAUUUCCAUCGCGCGUGCCUUGCCGUCUUCGUCGCUCUGCUGGCCCAGAUGGCCGGAAUCAACAUAGUUACUUUCUAUUCCACCCAAAUUUUCCAAAACCAGCUCAACUACUCUGCCACCGAGGCACGGAUCUUCUCCGGCUGCAUCCAGAUCUGGCAGUUCCUCUGUGCGGGAAUUGCAGUUCUCCUAAUUGAUCGGUUCGGACGACGGAAGCUGCUGAUGGCCGGCGCAGCAGGCAUGUGUGUUGCGCAGGCAGCUCUUGCGGGGCUCAUGUCAGACAUGGACAACAAGUCUGCAGCAGAGGCCGCUAUCUUCUUCUAUUUCGUCGCCAUGUUUUUCUUCCCGGUUGGGCUAUUCCUGAUCCCAUUCAUGUACGCGGGGGAGAUCUCCCCGCUCUCCAUACGCCACAAAGUCACUGCCAUGAGUGCGUGCACGAACUGGUUAUUCAACUUUCUGGUCGCAGAAGUGACUCCAAAAGCCAUGGCAAACAUUGGCUACAAGUACUAUAUUGUCUAUGCGUGUAUCGGCGCAUUUGCCUUCGUAGUUUUCUAUAUCUUCUACCCGGAGACGAAAGGCCGAACGCUCGAAGAGAUUGAUGAGAUUUUCAUUCGGUCGAAGAAUGUCUUUGACCCCGUCCGGGUGGAAAGAUCUUUUCGCAGGGAUGGAUUCGCGGGGACUGAGCGUCGUCUUGAGGAGCAUUUCCAGGAGAAGCAGGCUGCUGCUGCUCAUGUAGAGACUGCUUAG